AUGGCCUCGGCCGGCGAUGUUCGCGACAUGCUAGAUCUGCCCGCUGAGGGACAGCCUAGGCCACACAAGAAGCAAAAAGUGGUGGAAAAGCGACCUGAGGGCAUCACCCGUGAAUUAUACGCGCUGCUGGGAGAACGAGCGCCGCCAAUCGCGAUCAAUGAAAACAAAUACAAGGGCCGUCCAAAAUGGAUGAACAAGUUGCGUGUCCGGCCAUGGAGCAUGGCCCCUUUCACAAAUAGCGCGCGAUCCGACGGCCUCGUGUUGAACCACUGGCAGAGAAAACAUGAAUCCGCACGCCCGCCCGUGGCUGCUCCCGCACCAGACGAAUCGCAGAUGGAUGUGGAUCAGCCAAAGGAAGAGGAGAAGGACGAGACCCCAAAAACCGCAGAACACGAUUACGCCUUCGCCAAGUAUAACAUCAAACCGCGUCUGCCCCGCCGAUACACAGACGAAGAAUAUGAACGAAAUCUGAAAAACGAUGACUGGUCGCGUGAAGAGACCGACUAUUUGGUGGAUCUUGUCAGUGAAUACGACAUCCGCUGGGUGAUUGUCGCAGAUAGGUACGAUUUUCAGCCGAACCUGGAGACCGAGCCCGACGGAAACGCCCUUGUGCCAGCCAAGCAGAACCGGACAAUGGAGCAAAUGAAGGCACGUUACUAUUACGUCGCGGCAACGAUGCUAUCGAUAGAACACCCACCUUCGGAGAUGUCCGAGGCAGAGUUCGAGUUGCACGAGAGAAUGCUUAAGUUUGAUCCAAAUCGCGAACGUGACCGUAAAGAUCUGGCUGCUCUACAGAUCAAUCGCACAGCGGACGAGGUUCGCGAGGAAGCCAUGUUGUUGGAGGAACUGAAGCGCAUCACAAGCAACGAGCAGAACUUCAUCACUGAGCGUCGUGAACUUUAUUCUCGCCUGGAGGUGCCUAUCAGCGUCGGUAACACCACCAUGUACCAGUCCAGCGCCGGUCUAUCCCAGCUCCUGCAAACCCUCCUCCAAGCCGACAAGAGCAAGAAACGCCGCUCCAUCCUCGGCGAUGGAGCCGUCCCCAGUCCCGCGGGCCAGACACCAAAUGCAACAGGUAGCGCGGGCCGCGCCGAAACACCCGUCACGCAAGCAGCAAAUCACAAGAAGGGAUCUACAGCCUCAAAGGAAACCCACCAGGCCGUUCGCACCCUCACUCCAGCCGAGGAGGCCAAGUUUGGUGUCACACAUCACGAAAGAGUCUCAGCAGGCGUGCAAUUCCGCAGCGAUCGCGCCCAACGCCUCACACAAGCCAAAUCCAACGUCCAAACACAGAAGCUGGCCAACGCACUUGCCGAACUCGAGAUCCCUGUUCGCCUCUUCAUGCCUACCGAGCGCGUAUGCAAGGACUUCGAGAAACUCAUCCAGUCCGUCAACAUGCUCCUGGAUGCACGAAAAGUAUCAGAGAAGGUGGAGAGCGAAAUCCGCGUCCUCGAGGCUGCCAAGUUUGAGCGUGAGCGCAAAGCAAGGGAGGCUGCUGGUCUCCCGGCUCUGCCUCGCCCAGAGGUGAAGACUGAGGCUGAUGAUGGCGAUACAGGCAUCUCCGCUUCUCAUCCGGGCGAUCCCCCUGCAGCGCCUGACAGCUCCGCGCAGGCCGGGCACGGCCAGCCAGAUGUUGCACAAGAAACCAGCAAUGGAGGCGAUGGUACGCACAAGCGAUCUGCUAGUGUACUCAGUGCUACGAGCGAGAGCAACAAGCGGCAGCGGAGAUGA